AUAAAUUAGAUGAUUAUAACGAAGAAGACAAAGAGAAAAUUAAUCAAGUAAUAGCUAUUAGAAGUAUUCAAAUAGCAAAUACUGGGAUAAAUAUAGUAGAAGGAACUGAUGAGAAUAAUAAUCUUCUGAAUGACUAUGAUAAGUCACAAGAUCACACAUUAUUUGAAACUGAAGAUCAAACAGAAAUUUCAGGGCCGGUGGUAUUGCAGAAAUUGACAAUGAAAAAUAUGCAUAUGUUGAAUUUUGGUUCUAAUUUAUCAGUAGAAGAGAAGCAAUAUAUAAUGAAUCAUCUGCUAAAUGAAACUAGUAGCGUGGAUAUACUACAUAUGCGACUUAAACCAAUUCAGAUUAAUAAUCCUAAGAAGGCUCGAUUGUUUGAGGAAUAUCUAAAAGAUAUGAUUA